UUAAAGAUUUUCAUUUAAACCGUAUUGUUUAAGCCAAAGAAUUGAUGUAAACGUAUCUAUAUAGGAAUACAAUCUUACAAAUACGGUAAAUACACUUCGUUCAAGCGAUGACCACUUGUGACGUUAGUAUCCAUAAUUGCACGUGAUAACCAAGAAAUUUUGUGGUAAAUACCAAGAAAAUUUGUUAGUUCGCUAAAAAUUGCUUAGAAUGUCAAUAAAAUGACAACUGACAACUGAAUCGCAUGCGCAAAACGUUUCGUUGAUAUGUCAAAGCCUGACAACCAUUUGGCAAUUUUUGUUUGUGUAUUAAUUAGGGUUAGAAUUAGAGGUUUAGAGAAUUAUGGUUUAUUUUAAAUUAUGAUAAUGGAAAGGAAAAUUAAACUGAAAACCCUAAAUAGUCAUAUAACAUGUAAAAUAUGUAGGGGUUAUCUCAUUGACGCAACAACUGUUACAGAAUGUUUGCAUACUUUCUGCAAGAGCUGCCUAGUAAAACAUUUAGAAGAGAACAAUACUUGUCCAACAUGCAAUAUUGUAAUACACCAAUCCCAUCCUCUGCAAUACAUAAGUUUUGAUAGAACUAUGCAAGAUAUUGUUUAUAAAUUGGUACCAGAUUUACAGAAAGAUGAGAUUAAUCGUGAGAAAGAGUUCUAUAGGCAAAGGGGAUUACCUAAUCCCAAAGACAUUCCUCUAACGAACGGGGAAGUCCACGGCGACGAUAAUCAUACAGAUAACACUCAUACUGAGAGUGACUAUCAUAGGCAAGAUGAACAAGUGAACGUGUGUUUAGAAUGUAUUAGUUCAAAUUUAAAAACUUUAAAAAGAAGAUUUAUCCGAUGUUCUGCCCAAGCUACUAUAUUACAUUUAAAAAAAUUUGUAGCGAAAAAGGUCUUGAAUGGGAUGGAAAAAUACAGAGAUAUCGACAUUCUUUGUAAUGAUGAAUUACUUGGCAAAGAUCACACAUUAAAAUUCGUCUAUGUGACGAGAUGGCGCUUUCAAAACCCUCCUCUGACGUUACAGUAUAGACCAAGGAUUGAUAUAUAAAUUUUUGUUACUUAUCCUGAGCAAUUACUCGAAAAAAUCUAAUCAUUUUUGUAAAAAUAAUCUUAUACUGGGAAUUGCUCAUUGUUAUUUAUUUUAAUUAAGUAAUUUUUUAUUUUGAAAAGUGUACUGUGUUUAAAAUAGGGUUAUUUUAUUGGGUAUUCAGUCAGGAGCCAUAUUGUUCCAUCUGAAAUAUUGUAAAAUAUUUCUUAUUAUAUAAUUAUUUUGACUUUUGUACUUAUCAGCAAGGAAUAGUUCUCGAUCACUAGGAACAAAGAGUAUGAACAGCUUAAGCUUGUAAUAGUUUUAAUAACCCAUUUAUAUAAAUAUAUAGGAUGUUUUUAAAUUACGCGGAAAACUGAAUAUUAUAUUAAAUGUUCUUUGAACUGAGUAGUUAUACUAAUCAAUCUUCAAACACCCAAUGUAUUUUAAAAAUAAGGUAAUUCUGAAAAAUAUCUUUGUAUUUUUCAAUUAACUCUUAAAUUCGGUUAUGUGUUUGUAUCAAAUAUAUUAUCGAUCAUACAAAAUAUGUUUUGAAGAAAAAUCUUAACACCAUCAAUAAUAAUAAAAUUAAAAUACCUAAAAUUGUAAUUUAUGAAUUGAUGAAAUUGAUUGAAAUGUUUUAUUAGGAUAAAAUAUGUAUUAAAUAAGUUUUAUCAACAUUAACCAUAUGUCAAGAUUUCAUGUUAUAAGAAAAUUUAUAUAUCUUGAUUGUUUGUAAAGUGAUUGAAGAAAUACAAUAAUUUCCUGCAUGGAUAGUUGCUUGCUGCUGUAAAAGAUUUAUUUAUUAUUAAUAAAAAAAUGCAAUAAAACAAUACAAGUUACAGUAUAUUGAAUAUUAUUUUGUAUACACUGCUACUGCAAGCAUAAAGAAAUUGACUGUACUUUGUUAUAAAUAUUUUACAUUUUAAUUAUGCUGCAAUUAAAAAUGUCAAGAUGUAAUUUACGUCAUUAUAUUUUAAGUACAUGUUAACCCCUUACCGCGUAAUUUUUUUGUUUGUGGACACAUUUUUCCAUGUUGUCAUGAAAACUAAUUUAUCCAGAAUGUAUAAAUUAAAUGUCUAAUUAUAACUAAAUAUUCAUACUCAGAAAAAUAAUAAAAUAAAAGGUACUUAAAAGACGCACUCAUCCUACCAAUUUAAUAGUUAUUAAAAAUAAUUUAGUUCAACAACUUUUUAGGAUUUGCCAACAAUAUUUAAAAUAAAACCAAAAAAUGUAAAACAUUAUUUUCUCUUGAAGUCACGUUUGGGGCCUUAAAGUUAAUUUUGUACAAGAAAUCUGAGCAAUCUAUUUUACUGUUUAUCAGCUUGAAUAAAAAUAUCAGGCAAUGGCAAUCGGGUAAUGGCAGCUAGGCAUUAACUAAUGAUGUUAACACCAAUGUCGCAAUAAUAAUUGUUUAUGUCUCAGAAAGACAAUCAUAUUAUGAUAAUCAUAUUUAAACUCUUUAAGCGUAUCUUUUGCUGAAACCUACUUCCUGCAGGAAAUUCAAUAAUUAUAUUAUUAAUAGUGUAGUCAUAUUUUGUGACAAUUUUCUCUAAACUAGACCUCAUGGUUACAUUAAGCAGCAAGUUAAUAAUAUAUUGCAGUUUGUGAUCGUAUUUUAUUUCUUCAAUCUCAUGAAAAAUUAAUAACUUGGCCAGCUCCGAGAUUUAAUUAGGUGCUAUACAAUUUAAUUUUUUUUAUGAAAAAUACUAUUUUGCUGGAUGUUAGAAUCGACUGCUUUUAAGGAGGUUGAAAUUAAAAAUCUAAUUAUACUUAUUUCCACUCGGAGGAGUCCACAAAGUAUCCAAAAUAUAAACAAAUAUUUGAAAAAUAAAUCUGAAAAUUUGGCUUUUUUGUUUCACAUAAUUUGUUCACAUUUCAAAAUGGGACAGUAUUUACUGUCUUUAUUUCAUACAAAGUUUAUCCUAGGUUUUUCUUAUAUUAAUGUCCGAAGAAAGAUGAAUACAUAAUUUUUCUACCGCUGUUACUGUUGUAUUUUUGCAUUUCGAAACAAUAAUGCAAUAUUUAUACAGUUUUUUGAUGGUAGCCAGGCGACUGCAGUAUUUUAAAAUACUCAUAAACUGUUAUAAAGAAAUAGCAUCAUUUCUCUUCUGUAAAAACUGGCCCUGUUUACAAGUGAUCACAAGUUGACUUGCAUACGCCUUGACAUACAUUAAAUUUACUACUAAAUGAACAGUUCAAAAUAUUGUAAAAUAAUUCGAUAAAAUAUCUUAAUUAAUUAAAAUAACGAAAUGUUGUGAUUAGUUUAUGACUGGACACGCCCUGGAUGUUUGUCAAAUUAUAUUUUUGCUCUCGGACUGUGCCAAUAAACUUAUUUAGUCAUGCAUAUUCAGGUAUAUCUUUUCUUGAUCUGAACACCUAAUAUAUUUGGGUUGGUAAGCUGUAGUAAUUUUUUUAAAUACAAAGAAUAUGUAAGAAUUUUAAAUUAAUGUUUCAGUUGGAAACCCCUGUAAAUAGUUUGAUAUAUAAGUUGUAUCAGCUCCUGACUGAACACCUUCUAUUUCUGUAUAGGUAAUUGCGACUGUAUUGUGAUUAAUUAUUCUGGAUUUAUAUAAUUUUCAAUCGAUUGUGUAAUUGUGUGUACAGUGUGAUUUAUCUAUAAUUAUUUAAUAAUUGAUUAUAUUUUUGCUAUAUUAGUUGUUGUGAAUACUUAAAUUUAUUAUCAUAUAGGUAGGUAUAUUGUAAUACCACAAUAUUAUUCAGGAAAUGUGUUUUUAUUAUAUUCAAAUUAAAUUAUGCAGAUGUACAUAUUUUAAAUAUAUAUUAUUUAUGGUUUGUUACUGGUCAGUCAUAAUAUUUAAUAAUUUUUAAACUGCUUGAAAUACUUCGUAGCAUGUCUUGUAACCGAUGGAUUAAAUAAGCAAUGACUUGAAAGUUCCAAAAUGUUAUUUAUAUUUUUCAAAAAUUAAAAAUAUUAGAUUCUCUCGCUAGUCCAACAAGUCUUCUAUAUACAGUAUGUCCCCCUAGGUUAGAAUCAUAUGGAAAACUUUUUUAUUAUUAAUUUUAGGAAAAAAAGUUAUUCUUCAUAAAAAGUUCUGCAUGAUCCAAAACUUAAAAUACAGUCAUCAGAUAUCAAAUUUUUCAAGCCGUAUACGAGGUUUGUCAAAAAAUAUGAAUUUUGCUCAAGAGUAAAGUACGAAAAUUUCCAUUAAGAAAAUUGCUAAAUUCUUCACAAACAUCAAGAAAAGGAAAGCGUAUCAUGUGCUAACGUAAUUUAUAACGUUUUCAGAUAUUUACAAUCAAUGUGUAGAAAAGUUUAUAAAAAAAUAAGAAAAUCUCUUUUUUCAGAUAGAUCGGUG